CUGUGUAGUGAAACAAAUAGCGACGGAGGCGAGGGCCAUAGCCCAUAGCCUGAAAGCCUGCCAUUCUACUGCUUGCUUCGUGCAACACCGCUGCCCACCACACACCGACAAUCGGCCGCCCGAGUUUUCGCGCUCACCGGUGUCUUUGCUGCCUAAAUUCAACAGCUUUACCUAGGAACUGCUAGCUGUUGUCUGCAGCAGCUGUGUGGUGGCCUCAAGCACGCAAACGUCCAGUACAGAGUAGUUAUGGGGCUCGCAUUUGCGGCCUCCCCCACCUGUCCAGGUGCCUCCCUGCGACGCGCCACUCUUAGCGACUGCAGCCAGCGACUCCUCAGGGGGAGCCAUGCAGUUGUGCGUAGCGCAGCGGGCGCUUCGCUGCCUCCCGGGCGCGUAGUUCUUGCCGCAGAUCGGGCGCAGCAGCAGAGCCCGGGGCGACUCGGAGCGCAAGCAGGCAAUGGCGCCGAGCGAGGGGUCGACGUGGCGCGCGAGCGCAGUACUGUGGCCACUGCAGCAGCUAUGGCAACCUCGCUGCCGGCAACCGAGCAGGUUGUGGCCCCUGCUGGGGCGGUGGUGAAGGCGCCUGUGGUGAAGCCCGUCCGGCGCCCGGAGCCGGUUUUCGUGCCGGUGCCCGAGGACGUUAUCACCGACUUCGAGCACAAGCUUGAAGCGGACCUGCAGACGGUGGGAGUCACGCUGACUGCCAUCCUGGGUGUCAUCAUUUUCUGGCGUGGCGUGUGGGCGCUGCUUGACCACUUCAUCGGCGACUCGGUCGUGGGGGACAUAUGCUGCAUCAUUGUGGGCCUCACCAUCGUCCUUUACAUCCGCCUGUCGGGUAUGAAGAUUGCCAGCUUCUGGCCGCCCAGCUAAUGCAAGAACCAUAUCCCAGCGCCUCGAUCAGCUACGGACUGGUGGGGCGGCUGAACGCCGAGCUGGUUGUGGGGGCGGCGUGUUCGUGGGCGUCAGGGCAAGCGGAGGGACUGCAAGGCCCAGCGCGUUUCGUUUCUGCGCAUGUAUAAACAAGAGCGGCUCAGGUGGUUGGGCGGUGCAAGCGGCACGCGACAAGCGUGACCUCGUUCGGGGCCCCGCGCGCGGAGGGUCUGAUAAGCGGUUCCUACACUGUUAGCCACAGGCUAAUUAUUUAAGCAGAUGUGAGUGUUGCGAGUGACUUGUGAUGAGGUGUAUUCAGUCGAUCGGCUGUUUAUCAAAGCAUUGAUGGGCCUAACGGGUCCAGGCACGCGGCGGAGCAGCCCUACCGAGUGCGUGCAUAGCGCAGGCAAGAGAACGACCUAUUAAGUUAUGGAGUGGCGCGUCACGUGGCAUAGACUAUGUUAAUGCAUACCGUUUGUUUCUAGAAGCAGGUGCAGCACAGGGUUUGCUGUUUGGUGUGAGAGCACUGUCAAAUCGUGUGGGGUUUAAGAGUGUGUGGUUUGGGGUCCUGUAUUUCAUUAGCUAGCCGACUGUCCGCCAACCAGGGGGCAGACGGUAUGACCCCUAUUUACGGGUCCUCGGGCAUUGGGGCGCAACAAUGCGAAGAGUGCAGGCAUGCUGAUAAUUUGUCUUGACAUCAUGCGCUCAUCAAUCCCAUCAUACGGGGUCACGAUCCUGCAUACGAUUCACUGCAUGCACGGGAUGUGGGACGGGUGGCCAAACUGCCACCCACGCAAUCUGUAACUUCGAUUGAAGAUGCGUGCACUGCUUGACUAUCGCCUGCUGCAUUAUGUUCACUGUGGUGUAAGGUAUUCCUGAU